GAGUGAAAGUCAUGGACAAAGGAGGAGAAUUUAAAAGAAGUUAGCGCCGACAGUGAAAUAACCUUUUUGAAGGAGGAAGGAGACGAAGAAGGAGUGGAAGAAGAAGAAAACAAAAAGAGGAACAGGAUGGGGAUGGAUGUCAGCACCCUGCGGACCCUCAUCAGCAGAUAUUGUGUUGGUGAGGAGAACUGGGUGGACAGCAGGACGAUUUACAUCGGACACAAGGAGCCUCCUCCGGGAACCGAGGCCUUCAUACAGCAGAGGUUCCCCGACAACAGAAUAGUCUCCUCCAAGUACACGUUUUGGAACUUCAUCCCCAAGAAUAUGUUCGAGCAGUUCAGGAGAGUGGCCAACUUCUACUUCCUCAUCAUAUUUCUGGUUCAGCUGAUCAUCGACACUCCCACCAGCCCCAUCACCAGCGGACUGCCACUCUUCUUCGUCAUCACGGUCACCGCCAUUAAACAGGGUUACGAGGACUGGCUGAGACACAAAGCAGACAACUCUGUCAACCAGUGUCCGGUCCACGUGGUGCAGCACGGAAAGGUGGUCCGCAAACAAAGUCGCAAGCUCAGGGUCGGAGACGUCGUCUUUGUGAAAGAAAAUGAGACUUUUCCCUGCGACCUCAUCCUCCUGUCCACGUCUCGAGACGAGGGCGUCUGCUACGUCACCACGGCCAGUCUGGACGGAGAGAGCAGCCACAAGACGUACUUUGCAGUUCAGGACACCAAAGCGUACAACACAGAGCAGGAGGUCGACUCCAUCCACGCUACUAUAGAAUGUGAACAACCGCAGCCGGACCUGUACAAAUUCGUGGGUCGUAUCAACAUCUACAUGGACAAUGAGCCAGUGGCCAGGCCGUUAGGAUCAGAGAACCUGCUGCUCCGAGGGGCCACGCUCAAAAACACAGAGUACAUCUACGCGGUUGCCAUCUACACCGGCAUGGAAACCAAGAUGGCGCUCAACUACCAGUCCAAGACUCAGAAGCGGUCCGCAGUGGAAAAGUCAAUGAAUGCCUACCUGGUGGUCUACCUGUUCAUCCUCAUCAGCAAGGCCUUCGUCAACACGGUGCUGAAGUACGUGUGGCAGGCCGACCCAAACAGAGACGAGCCGUGGUACAACGAUAGGACCGAAUCGGAGAGACAGAGACACAUCGUGAUCAGGGCGUUCACAGACUUCCUGGCCUUCAUGGUCCUCUUCAACUACAUCAUUCCCGUCUCCAUGUACGUCACCGUGGAGAUGCAGAAGUUCCUCGGCUCCUAUUUCAUCAUGUGGGAUGACGAGAUGUUCGACGAGGAGCUGGGAGAGAGAGCCGUGGUCAACACGUCUGACCUGAACGAGGAGCUCGGACAGGUGGAGUAUGUGUUUACAGACAAGACGGGGACUCUGACGGAGAACAACAUGGAGUUCAUCGAGUGCUGUGUGGACGGACACGUUUAUGUCCCUCAUGUCAUCCUUAACGGACAGGUGAUGCCUGGUGCCGGUAUGGACAUGAUCGACACAUCACCAGGACCCGAGGCGAGGGAGCACGAGGAGCUGUUUUUCCGGGCGCUGUGUUUGUGCCACACGGUUCAGGUGAAGGAGGAGGAGACAGUGGACGGGAUCAAGCAGGGCAUCCACCAGGGCAAGUCCACCUCCUUCUACAUCUCCUCGUCUCCGGACGAGGUGGCGCUGGUGGAGGGCAUGAAGAGGCUCGGUUUCACCUAUCUGAGACUCAAGGACAGUCACAUGGAGAUCUUGAAUAGGGAGGAUGAGAUUGAGAGGUUUGAGCUGCUCGAGGUUUUGACGUUCGACUCCGUCAGACGGAGGAUGAGCGUGAUCGUCAGGUCCAGCUCUGGUCAGCUCUAUCUGUUCUGUAAAGGUGCCGACUCCUCCAUCUUCCCCCGGGUUAUAUCAGGCAAGGUGGAGCAAGUAAAAGCUCGGGUGGAGCAUAACGCAGUGGAGGGUCUGAGGACUCUUUGUGUCGCCUAUCGGCUUCUGAGUCCCGAACAGUACCAGGAGGUUUGUCACCUGCUGAGCGGGGCCAAGCUGGCGCUGCAAGACCGAGACAAACGACUGGCCGAGGCGUACGACAUCAUCGAGAAAGACCUGAUACUGCUGGGAGCCACCGCUGUGGAGGACAGGCUCCAGGAAAAAGCGGCGGACACCAUCGAGUCCCUCCACAAGGCGGGCAUGAAGGUGUGGGUGCUGACCGGCGACAAGAUGGAGACGGCGGCCGCGACCUGCUACGCCAGCAAGCUGUUUCACCGCAACACCCAGAUCCUGGAGCUGACCACCAAACGCACCGAGGAGCAGAGCCUUCACGACGUCCUGUUCGACCUGAGCAGGACCGUCCUGAGGCAGCACGGAGGCAUGACCAGGGACACCUUCUCCGGUUUAUCAGGUGACUGUACCGAUUACGGUCUGAUCAUCGACGGAGCCACCCUCUCCGCGGUGAUGAGGCCGCCACAGGAGGACUCAAACUCAGGGAACUACAAAGAGAUCUUCCUGGAAAUCUGCCGAAACUGCAGCGCCGUGCUCUGCUGUCGAAUGGCGCCGCUCCAGAAAGCACAGAUCGUGAAGCUGAUCAAAGCCUCCAAGGAGCACCCGAUCACGCUGGCCAUCGGAGAUGGAGCCAACGAUGUCAGCAUGAUCCUCGAGGCCCACGUUGGUGUCGGGAUCAUGGGUAAGGAGGGUCGUCAGGCAGUGAGGAACAGCGACUAUGCCAUCCCAAAGUUCAAACACCUCAAGAAGAUGCUGCUCGUCCACGGACACUAUUACUACAUACGCAUCUCCGAACUCGUGCAAUACUUCUUCUACAAGAAUGUCUGUUUCAUCUUCCCCCAGUUCCUCUACCAGUUCUUCUGUGGCUUCUCACAGCAGCCGCUGUACGACACGGCCUACUUGACUCUGUACAACAUCAGCUUCACGUCGCUGCCCAUCCUGCUCUACAGCCUCAUCGAGCAGCACAUUAACAUGGACAUCCUGAAGAAGGACCCGUCUCUCUAUCGAGACAUUGCCAAGAACUCUUUGCUGCGCUGGCCCAUCUUCAUUUACUGGACCAUCCUCGGUGUCUACGACGCCAUCGUGAUGUUCUUUGGUGCUUACUUCCUGUUCGACAACACCACCUUCACCAGCAACGGACAGCUAAUGACAACCAACACACAGAUGAUGUUUGGAAAUUGGACCUUUGGGACGUUGGUCUUCACUGUGCUGGUCUUUACUGUUACAUUCAAGCUGGCUCUAGAUACUCAUUACUGGACUUGGAUCAACCACUUCGUCAUCUGGGGCUCGCUGAUUUUCUUCGUGGUCUUCUCUCUGCUGUGGGGCGGGAUCAUCUGGCCCUUCCUCAACUACCAGAGGAUGUACUACGUGUUCAUGCAGAUGUUGUCUAGCGGUCCGGCCUGGCUCAGCAUCAUCCUUCUGAUAACAGCAGGUCUGCUGCCAGAUGUGCUGAAGAAGGUCAUCUGGAGGGCGCUGUGGCCGACCACAACUGAACGCAUACAGAAUGCUGAUAAACUCUACAAGGGCCACCUCUCCGAGUUCACCCCCCUGGCGUCCCUCCAGUCCAAGGCCGGCAGCCAGCGCCGAGGCUCGGGCGGCCAAAGGAACGUCCCGAACCCCCGAAGGUCUGAACCCUUUAGCAAGAAAACAAUGUUCACGCGCUGGCAACGAACGCCAGACUACUGCACCUUCACCCCUCUCCUCCGAUUCGCUGACGGCGCCCGCAACUUGAGGCAGGGUUACGCCCACGGCGGGCAGACCUCAGUCUGAUUUAUUUCUGUCUUUGUAAUCUGAUAUCAGAUACAAUCCCGUCAAUUGGCAGAGUGGUAACUCUUAAAUAAAUCGGCCCUGAAGCUCAACAGGUCACCGCUCGCAGAGCUGGAGAGCAAAGUUACACAAAAGUAACUAAAACUCGUUUAUUUCUGUUAGCGAGCUGAGACUAACUGUACUCCCCCUGUCCUGGGACUACAAACGAAAGUGACCUUCACAACUCUUUAAGUCAGCAGCCAAGUAUGGCACAAAGCACUAUGGGACGGCUCUGGAAAGGACCCGCUCGCCGCCGCGACGUGCUAAGGGCUCGGUGUAAUGAUGUCACAACAAACUAACUAACAGACUCGAGAGCUUCGAGCUCGAAAACUCAUGCACUGGUCCUUUACGCCUGCCUGCCUUUGACAGCAGGCGGCUAAAGCGUACUUCACCGCAGUUCUUUAGGAUUUAUACAAAUUUAUUUGGCGUUUGUCAGGAUGUAAAUGUGUCAUGCUGCUGCUGCUGAUGAUGAUGAAGACAGCAGCUCGAGCUUUCUCUGACCAAACAUUCUUCAUUCCCACCAUCCCUCCCUUUUCCUUCCUCUCUGUCUGUCUGUCUGCUCUGCCUCUUUUCAGGACUAACUGGUGUUGCCUGUGUGCAAACCUAUUAUGUCGAAACACUCCAUAGGACUCUGGAUCAGAUCCUGCAGCACUGUAAGGAGCGGGCGUAGCAGAGCGGCGAAGCUUCGGUGUUGGAGAAGUGGAUCAGAGUUGGCCUCUUUGCCUGUUUUUAUUAUCCUGAAUGCUACGCUGAGGCCGACUCCAGCCCCACAUCCAACACUGAAGCUUCCAGACUCACAUGUAGGUAGUCUGGAGUGUUUGUGUGCCGAUAGCUAGCGGUUGUGUUCGUCGCCAUCUGUCUUUAAAGCACUUUAACUGUUCAUGUUGCUCUGUAACGCUUUAUACAGAGACUAGUUCUGUUUUUAUGGCUUGUUUUUAGUGAUAGACUCCAGUAGAAAUGGCUGCCGAGCUGUUUCUUAAUGCCUUAAUGUCACCUUGUAAAUCCCACAUCACCCUCCACGGAGACCGUUUACCAAAGAAACAGAAAGAUGCAGUCCUGAUAGAUACACUGUAGUGAUACAUGGUUCUGUAAAACACAAAAUAUGAUAUUUAGUGGAUGUUCGUGGGGAGAUUUUGAAAUAUUUGGGCAGAAAAAUGCCUCCAACGUCUAAAUUCUAUGUUUAAAAUAUGAAGUGCACCUCAGGGCGCCUUUAAAUAUGAACAUAACAAAACAUUUCCUCGCUGAAAGAAGUCCAUCAAGUGCACCAAACUGCUUGAUGCCUUAAAUAAACACACAUUUCUUUAUCAUUAUUUUACCCAGAGCCAUUUAUUUCUGAGAGCACAGAAAUGUUUUCCAGGAAAUCAUGGCCAUAACAGGUAAUCAUACGCUGAAGAUUUGGGGUUUUUAUUUUCUAAUAAACAACCGACAACAGACACAAAGUUAAUCCACCGUUGGGACCUGCACACGUAAAAUAUGAAAUAAGACAAAUAUCAUGAAUAUAGCUCAUCUCCAUAGUCAUCCCAAUGAUGAUCACAUCAUGUUUUAGUUGGAAGAAGCAGCAGCAGACACUUUGAGUGACAAGGUUUUAGUUUCUCACUCAUCGCUCACAAAAAUGGAUACCGCUCUCAUGCCUGUACGGUAGAUAUAAAGCAGCUGGUUAACUUAGCUUAGCAUAAAGACUGGAAACAGGGGGAAACGGCUAGCGCUGGCUCUGUCAAUAGGUAACAAAAUCCACAUACUACAUAUUGAGUUAUGUGCCAGAUGACCUCUUGAAGAUGCAUCGGCCCUCUGAGGUAGCCAGGCAACCAACGGGGGAAUAUAACGUGUUAAUGAGUGAGAUAUGGACAGAGCCAAGCUCUGUAGCUCUGUAGCUCAUCGCAUCAAGUGAUAGGGAGGAGAAAUUGCCAAAAAAAAACCUGCUUCAAAGUCUUUUUCAUCAGACCCGUUGUGAAAUUAAGAUGUGUCAUUGAACCCCACUGCCCUGAGUGGAGUUUGUCAACUGGCAGAAGUUCUGAAAAGAUUCAUUACGCUUCUGUCCUUCACCGAAUGCCUGAUCCAUGCCCGCCCUGUUAGAUGGCAGCUUUUAGUUUUAGAGCUGAUAAUAAAGAUGAAAUGGAAGAACUCGAUGCACCCAAAGUAAAUUUGGGCAUUAGACAUUCAAACCCAUUCAUGUCCCUCCAAAUGGUGUCACUUUGUGAGGUGUUUCAGUUUGCAGGUCAGUCACGCUAAUGCUCUUAAAAGCCUUGUGAUUGUGUUACAAGGGGCUAAUGAGACUCUCUACCUUGGGAUAAAAAAAAAAAAAGGCCUUCGCAGUUCAGUCUUUGAAUCCUGUCGUACACUCACACACUCUGUCUUUCUUUCUAGCUCCCUUUCUCUUUCCCCGUCUUUCUCUCGUUCUCCCUCCGGCGAACGCCGACACCGAUGCGGGGAGUUUUCCUACCUCCUCUCUGCGAGCGUCGAUCAUCAUCAUCACCCUCUGUGUGCACCCUCCUUCUGCAUCGUCUCCAGCCAUCCAUCCACCCAUCAACACAUCUAUCACUACGAAACAGAGUAGAAAUGUUUAACUGUAACUUCUAUGAACCAAAGCCUUGUUGCUGCUAGAGAUACUUUUAGCUGCUUUUACAUUAGGUGCCUUGUGGUAGUUUCUCUGUCUCUGCUGAGCUGUCUUCGCUUGCUUUAUGGGAACGUUAAAUAAUAAUCAUGCAUUUGGACCGUACAGGAGCGCUGCAGAUGAUGAUUGUGUGGAUGCAUGACUGAGAGUACGGAUACGCAAGUGGAAAGGUGAAUGUAAAAAACGAGUUUCUCACAGGUUACACUGUCCGGGAAGAUUUAUUCAGAACAAACAUAUUCCAACACGACGACGAACAAAUGAAUUCAUUAUUGCACCAAAACAUUUAAUGACCUGUGUUUAAUAUCUGUUUUUUAUUGUUUUUAUUCCAAAUGUUUUAUAUAUGUCCAGGAGGGCAUCUGUCUCUGUUAUUUUUACUGUUUUCUAUUGUGUAUUAAGAGUCAGACACACUGGAAAGAUUCCUGUCUGUCUUUAAUCUUUAUUUUAAUGGUAUAUAUAAAAAAAAAAACUUGAAGAGCUCGAGCUCUGUUCGAUCGAUCAACUGCAGUCGAUCAAUGUUAGAAACUGGGAUUUAAAAAAAUAUAUUUUACUGUACGUUUCCUUUUUAUUUCAACAUUUUACAGAUUCGCUUCACAAAAUUCAGUUUUUCUACGUCAAUAUUCACAUAAAAUCAACAGUGAAUUACAGAAUUCUACAUUGUCUGCUUAUUAAAGGGUCGCUUCACACAAAUUACAAAAGAAAAACACAUUUUCUCACUCACUUCUGUGGCGGUAACAGAUUGGGACUACUUUCUACCAAAGAAGUAGUCCCUCUGGAGUCGGUGGACGCUGUUUCAAAAUGUAAUUUUAGCACAAUUUCAGCAGCACAACCUGGUCGAGUGAAACCGUGGCUAUCUGCACGCCUCUAAGACGUGAGCGAGGAAAAUUUGUGUGAACCGACCCUCUGAUGUUCUCAAUGACUCUGAAUGUACACGCGUCACCGAGGCCUGUUCCUCCGACUCAAUGUCAGAACUUCUGGUGGAUGCAGGUCCUCGAGGAAGCUUCAGAUUCGACCAUGUGAAUCCAUAAAGAGUAACUGCUGACUGAUGAUCAGUUUGUGAAGGCAGAGAGAAACUCUUGUCCUGUCAGAGGUGGCUGAUGCUUCAUGACUCAGUGAUACAUGGAUUCACACAGUACGGCCACAUUUGCUAAAGAGAAUGAAUGAACACAGUGAUCUAACUAAAGUUAAAAUAUUGCCUUGCAUGUGAAUGACCCAUUGCAACAAAUGUGGCCUCAGAGCACUCGUCAUGUGGUAGUGUAUAGGCGCCACAAUGAUCGUCUAGCCUUGCAUUCAGAUGUCAUGUAUAAUAUAUAAUCUAAACUCAAAUCCUUUUAUUUAUUUACUUACAACAGAUCAGCUCAAUUUCUUUCUGAAUUGAGAUUGCAGUUAUUUAAACAAACCUGACUGAAUUUCUUCACUUUAAGGCAUCUGGAUUUCUUUUUUCAAAUAUCUUAAAUAUUGCCAUAACUCCCUUCUCUGUGCGGGAUCAAAAAACAGUGAAACCCGCAUAAAUUAACGAAUACACGACAAAGAAAAUAACCACAGAUACUGUAGUGCUGUUUAUAUGUUAGCGAUCUUCUUCUUUUUUGUACUCUCUGCAGACAGUAUUUGUGUCUUAUCGAAGUAGACGAGUAUUCAAACAACCAAAUGGAGUUGUGACAAAACACUGGACGUGUGUGUAUUUAUGCAUAGCUUUAAAUAUUAAAAAAAAAAACAAUCUCUCUCUCUGGUGUUAGCUCUGGUACACACCCCUGCACUGAACUGUCUUGUCUGAUGAUCGACACUCUGCUGUAGAAACUUUCAAAGCCAUUGACGGUGGAUUUAAGGUCUUGCUGUACUUGUUGCUCUUGUCCGAACUGUCCUGAUCUUUCAAGACCACCUGAACUGACAGCCUUCAAACCGAAUGUUUCCUCUUCUACGAUGUAUUAUUGUAUAGUGUUCUAUAUUUCUCAUAACCGACAGUAUCUAUACACCGCUGUACACUCAGAUGCAGUAUAUAAAUAUAUAUAUAUAUGAUAUAUAAAUGUAGUUAAUUGAUGUACAGUUUUGGGGUCUUUUUAUAUACAGUUUUUAACAGAGUCAUAUCAAGAUUUUUGCCAACAUUUCUGUAGCUAUCGACAGCAAACAAACUGUACAUUUGCUUGAAAAUAAAAACCAGAAAUGGAAAAUAUAAA